GUGACACGUGCAUAACCAGGGUUGGGCAAUCCUGUUCUAAUCUGGUCCAUGAGGUAAUGGAUUUUAAGUGAGGGGUAGAAGGUAGUUGGAUUUUAAAGUUCAAAGUAAAGUCACUAGAUGUCACUGCUGCACAAGUAAUUAUAACAUUAAAAGUGUAAAACACAAAUGGGCCAUCCAAAUAAAUCCUCACCUAAAAGGUGCAAAAAUGUCCUGCCACAACAAGAGCACGAGUGUAACCUUGUCAAAUAAAAGCCAGGACCUCCAACUCUUACCCAUACACAAUAGUAAUUCCAAAAAAUUGUAAACUAAAUUUGUAGGCUUUCUCAUUUUGGGGUUGGUUGUGAUUGUAUAGUAAUCAAGUUUUGGCAACCAGAUAUUGGGACAAAAAGUUAUGCUAGUCCUAGAAAUCUAUUAGCAUCGGUGGAAGUGUCACUACAUGAAGAAAUUGAAAGAUUUCCUAAUUGUUGCAUUUCACGAGUACAGCUCUAACUGCAGUAAUACAUUUGGAGCAGAUGUUCAAGACAAUUAAGGCUAGAUGGAGUUUCUACUCAGGCUGAAAUUUGCACUUUCAAAUGUUAAUAAAGGUAAUGUAUUUGUUAAAAUAUGUGGCUCUCUAAAUUAAAUGGUUCCUGCUUCACAUCAGAGAUCCUACUGGGCAUGAAAGCAAAUGCAUUCAGUGACCUGUUCCAGAGAGAGCUGCAUGAGUUAAAUUUAACAAAGUCUUCUAACAGAUUGAUCUUUUAACACCAGAACCUAUUUAGCUACACAACUGAAGCUUCUGAGUCAUAGAUGAAAGAGACUUUUAUUUCCACCCUCUAUAAACAUCUACUCAAGCCUCAUCCUCAGACCCCUGCCUCAGUGGGCUGGCCCCUUGGACAACGGGCAAACCGACAACUGCACGUUUUAGCUGAGGGUUGCUGUUUCACUCAGCUGCAGGGCGUGGGGACAAAUGGCUGGCUGGGGGGGCUUCUUCUUCUCUCUCCUCAACUACAAGACAGAGAAAUAUGUCAUCGCCGAAAACAGGAGGAUUGGGAUUUUGUUCCGGCUCUAUCAGCUGGCCGUGCUGGGAUACAUAAUCGGGUGGGUUUUUAUCGUGAAGAAAGGAUACCAGGAGAAAGAGGAGGCAAUCCAGACUUCAGUCAUCACCAAGCUUAAAGGUGUGACCCUGACCAACACCUCUGAGACAGGACCUUACCUGUGGGGUGCCGAGGACUAUGUCAUACCUCCGAAUGGUGAGCAGGUGUUCUUCAUAGUAACAAAUUACAUUGAAACACCUAAUCAGAGGCUGGGCUUCUGUGCUGAGAGUUUCAAGAUUCCAGACGGACGAUGUCAAAGCGACGGUGACUGUCUCGAAGGGGAGAGCGUGACAGCUGGGAAUGGAAUAAAGACCGGCAUGUGUCUGAACAGCACGGGGACCUGUGAAAUUCACGCUUGGUGUCCUGUUGAACACAGCAAAAAACCUGCGGAGCCUUUACUGAGCGAAUCAGAAAACUUCACCAUCUACAUCAAAAACUUCAUCAGGUUCCCAAAGUUUGAAUUCUCCAAGUCCAACGUCUUGGAAACAUCUGAUGAAAGCUACUUGAAGACGUGUUCUUAUGACAAAGAGAACCACCCAUACUGCCCCAUCUUCCGACUCGGAGAUCUUGUCAGCAGCACUGGACAUGCCUACCAGGACAUGGCAGCAAAGGGCGGCACCAUCGGUGUUCUCAUCCAGUGGAUCUGUGACCUGGACAAAGACUCCUCUAAAUGUAAUCCACAGUACAGCUUCACACGUUUGGACAUGAACUUAAAUAAUACGGUUACAUCCGGAUACAACUUUAGGUACGCCAGGUACCACAAGGAUGAAAAGGGUGAAACGUAUCGCACGCUCUACAAAGUGUACGGGAUUCGUUUUGACAUAAUGGUCAACGGGCAGGCUGGAAAAUUCAACAUCAUUCCCACAAUCAUUGCGAUUGGCUCUGGUGUUGCUCUGAUAGGAGUCGGAGCCUUUGCAUGCGACAUGAUACUACUCUACAUGAUGAACACAAGCUCCUACUACAGAGAGAGGAAAUUUGAAAUUAUCAAUUUCAAGAAAGAUCGAAACAAACAAAAGGAUGGGAAGACUGGUCAGAAGAGAUCCAGGAAAGCUGAUCCAGAAAAAGAUGCUUCCAACUCCAUUAAAAAGCCAGAGGGCAGUGACCUCGCCUUGGAACGUCCCACUCCAGACGACAACCAGCUUCCUGUGGACAAUCGAGGUCCCACUAUUCCACGCAACACGGGCCAGCGAUACUCGUCUAUGGCCUCUCACAAAGGCUCGGCACAGAAACAUCACAUCACUUUUGCUUCACUUAACUAGGUCUGCAGGUGAUGCAUCCUUAAGUCACACUGACAUUAUGGUCACGAUCACGUGUGAAGACUGAAGAACUGUUGGUCAAAGAAAAUCUUUCACAAGGAACAAGAAGGGCCAGAACACUGUUGUAUGCAGACAGGUGGCUGCGUACGGUCAGUUAUUCCUUAUUUAAUUAAACAAAUACUUUGACAAAUAUUUGUGACACUAAAGCAAAUCCGUUUGUGCUCUUUAAAGCUAAGAUUCCAUAAUAACUAAAGAAUAAAAAAGCAUUAACAGAAAACUUAUUUUAACCUGGUUACAACAGAUACAGUUGUAUGAAAGUACACUUGAGGUAAAAAUAACAACUACCAGGUCUCUUAAUGGUUGUAGACAUGGUCUGCAUUUGUGUUGUAAAAUGUAGCAACUUUAACCUGACGUUCAGUAACCUGAGAACUUUUACUAUUUAGUUGCAAACCUGAGAAAAGCCAUCUGCUACACACCUGUGAUAAUGUGGUUUUGUGCUGGCGGUAAAAUGGACUCAGAUGAAUGACUUCCUUUUCUGUUUGCAAACACCAUAGCUAUUUAUUAUUAAAUGUAUUUUUAUUGUUGGAAGCAAA